UGGACAAAGCAUGGCUCUCGCUGUUUCAUCGUUCAAACCAGCAGAAUGACCAUGGCUGAUGCAGAGAGUACCUGCAUUGCUCUUGGUGGGAACCUGGCCUCAAUCCACAAUUACGGGGAGCAAUCGGUCAUCAGGCAAUUGAUUUACAACAAGUGCCAUUCUAAUGCACAUGCCUGGAUUGGGAUGUUUGAUGCAAUUCAGGAGGGGAAGUGGAUGUGGACUGAUGGUUCCAAAGUUGUCUUCACACACUGGAAUCAUGGAGAGCCGAACAAUUACUUCAACGAACACUGCGCAGUGAUCAACUGGAACGGAAACUACUGGAAUGAUCUCUCAUGUCAGGAUCGGAAACCUUUUGUUUGUGCCAAGAAAGUGUGAAGCCUCCCACCAUUUGCUGUCAGAUGUGCCAUUACAACGCCACUUCCACUACGAUGACCUUACUUCCUCUUUCAUACUUCGAUAAUAUUGAUGAUGAUAUCUGAUGAUUUACUUUCAAUUUAAUGUUUAAAUAGCAAUACCACUCUCCUGAUUAUUCAUAUCUUCUUUCAUUUACUCUUAUAUUUUCCCAAUUUAAUCUGGGUGAAAAAAAAUCAAUUUAAAAAAACUGAAAAAUAUCUGAAAAAUCAAUAAAUAUGAUUUGUGAGCAUAGUGAGUUCCUGCUAAUUUCUCCAUUUUACCUGUGUGCAUGUGUGUAGCAGGUAUUCCUCAUAUUGUGCGAACAUGAGUCCCCAUAACGUAAAUCAUAAAAUCUUAGGGGUAAGACUUGGUUUAAGGUUAAAAGAUGUUUUCAAUGGCUUUUGUGAUCUCUUUUGGAUGGCUUAUAUGAGGCUUCAGCAGUCUGAGUUAGUCAUAUUAAGUGGAUA